GACUUUGACCCGGAAGAGGAGCCGCCACAGGACGACAGCGACGACGACGUCUCGGAUAACGACAAUGCCGCCGCAGCAAGAGAACACUACGUCGAUGUCGGCAAGAGCAAGCUACGCAAGCGCGACGUCGUGCCUCUCGGACCCCGAUAUGAAGGAGCCCGCAUCAGCAGAGAUGCUGCCAUUGGAGAAGACGAGGAUGAGGAUGAUCCGUUCAGCAAGGGAUUUGAUGAGGAGGACAGCGAAGACGAGGACGAUGUUGAUGACGCUGCCGAGUUGUCUGCCUCCGAAGGCGAAGAAGACGAUGUCAGCGACGAGGAUGAGGAUAUGCAAGAUGGCGACGAGAGCCCUGCCACCGACAUGAGCGACGAAGACGAUGAAGAGGAGGACGAUGAAGACGACGAGGCUGAAGACAAGUCAGAACUCCGCAAGAUGAUGGCCGAAGAGCAAAAGACCGUGGCAGCCAGCCUGUCCCAAGCAGCAAAGCAAGACGCCGAAAAAGGCCGCGCUGUCAAGACUCAACGCGCGACCUUUGACUCUCUCCUCAACACCCGCAUCAAGCUUCAGAAAGCUCUCAUCGGCACAAACACUCUUACUGGCGUCAUCUCAGACUCGACGCCAACAGAAGACACCGAAGACGCUUUCCGCGCUGCAGAAACCGCUGCUUUCACUCUCUGGUCCACCCUCAACUCCCUCCGCGAAACCCUCGAAUCCAACCGUACAGGCAAUAAACGCAAACAUGCAGAGUACACCUUGGACACACCAACAGAAGACCUCUGGUCCCACAUGCGCAGUCAAGAAUCCUCCGCCACCACCCCUCGCACCUCCAUCCUCGAAAAAUGGAACCAAAAAGCCAGAGGCGCUUCCGCCAUCACUCCCAAAAACAAGUUAACCACCUCGUCAACAAGUCAAAGUAUUGUGGACGUGUUGCAAGAACAAUUACACGGUGAUCGUCUUACCAAACGUGCAAGAACUCCUCGUUCGUGUGCGCCUCUGCAACUUGCUGCUGCUUCAGAGGAGGCAGGGUCUAUCUACGACGACGCAGACUUUUACGGUCUUUUGCUGCAGAGUUUACUCGAACAACGCAGUGCCGAUUCCAUCGCUGCCUCUGCUUCUUCCACCAUUUCCAUCAACAGCGGCUUCCAAAUGCGCAGAGAAGCCAAAACCAAGAAAAAUGUGGAUACCAAGGCGUCGAAAGGCAGAAAGAUGAGGUAUACUGUGCAGGAAAAGCUACAAAACUUUAUGGCGCCUGAGGACCGGUGUACUUGGGCUGAAAGGGCGGCAGACGAGUUGUUUGGAAGUUUGUUUGGUGCUAGGAUGGGGUUGGGUGAGGAU